AUGACGAAACACUCCGGGAUUGAUCCGUUAACACAAAUUAGUCCCAAUCAACAUGUAUUAAUUCGAUUGCCUAGUGAUAAUUUGAAGAUUGUUGAAUUGAAAGCCAAUGCUAUUGUAUCAUUAGGUAAAUUUGGUGCUUUCAGAGUAAAUGAAAUUAUAGGCUACAGAUUUGGUACCACUUUUGAUAUUGUAUAUGAUGGGGUGGAGGAAGAGUUUGUCAAGGGAACACAGACCAUGAUUGGGAAGAUCUCUGUGUUGGAAAAUAGGUUAAAGGCAUCUUCGCCGGCAUUGGAGAAUAGCAGUGAAAAUAACCGUGGAUUGAUAAAUCUUGGAAGUGUGGUUCAAGAAAUGUCUAUGGCAGAAAUUGAAGCAAUGAAACGAGAAGCUGCUUCAGGUGACGCUAUCAUCUCCAAAAUGAUUGAAUCGCAUAAGAGUUUCCAUCAAAAGACGGUUCAUUCACAGGAGAAGUAUUUGAAAAGGAAGAAGCAGAAAUUUGCCAAAUUCUUCACUGUUGAAUACCUUGAUAGCUCUGGAUUAUUGCAUUACCUCAUCGAAAAAGGGGAUGUUCUGAGAGUUAUGGACAUCUCUCAGGAAUCUUUAGGCAUGGCUUUGAAUUUAGCGAAUAUCAACUCAAAUGGACAAUAUUUAUGCAUAGAUGAGACUGGAGGUCUCAUAGUGUACGCAAUGCUUGAAAGAAUGUUUGCUGGAGAUAGCAACUCCAAGGCAAACGGUAAGAUUGUUGUCGUUCAUGAGAAUGAACAUCCAAACUUGGAUCUAUUGAAGUUUUCAAGUUAUUCUGACAACUUCAUUCAACGUCACGUCAAAACAAUUUCAGUGCUUGAUUUCUUUGAACCAGCAAAGGAAGCUGAUAUUAAGUCCCUCUUCAAGCCUCUAUCUGCAGAAGAAAUCAAUGACCUGAAAAGUAAUAAGAAAAGUGCUUACUUUCGUCGUCUUAAAUGGUAUCACAACCAACUAUCAAAUAUCGAGGUUGCAGCAAGUUCAUUUGAUGGCCUUUUAGUAGCAUCUACUUUGUACCUUCCGACACUUAUUCCGAGAUUGGGAGAAAAAAUACACGGAUCUCGUCCGAUCGUGUGUUAUUCACAGUAUAAAGAACCUCUACUGGAAUUGAGUCACUCUCUGUAUGAAAACUUGAACUACUUAGCACCAAGCCUUUUGGAGACAAGAUGCAGGCCGUACCAAACAGUAAGAGGUAAAUUACAUCCUCUUAUGACAAUGAAGGGAGGCGGUGGUUACCUCAUGUGGUGCCAUAGAGUACUUCCGGCUGCUGAACCAAAACUCCACCAAGAGACGUUAGAAAAAUCAGAAAUUAAAAAUUCUGACGAAGAAGGAGAUGAAGAUGCUCAUAAGCUUGAUCAGGAAAAGCAAGUAAUCAAGAGAAGAAAGCCGAAUGAGGACAAUGAGAAACUAUGA